AUGCGCGCCUCGCACCUCAACGUGGCCUUCUGGCUGCUCUGGCUCGCCCUCUUCGCCUUCUGCUUCUUCAACUCGUACGACGACCCAUCCUCCCUCUUCUACAACCAGGACAAGGCCUACACGCCGAGGUUCUCCGCCGUGCGCGCCCGCGAGGGCGACGAGUUCGUCCGGAACCUGCUCCUGCCCGACGGCCAGAGGCAGCCCAACCCCAACGGCCUCGACGCCGACAGGAGGCCGCCCGCGGAGCUCGACGCCCUGCGCCCCGGGCCCGGCGCGCCGCUGCUCUGCGUCGGCAUCCCCAGCAUCAACCGCACGACCGAGGCCUUCCUCGCGCACACCCUCGCCACCCUCGCCGACAACCUGUCCCCGCACGAGCGCGCCGCCGUGCGCAUCGCCGUCCUGCUCGCCGACCGCCGGCCGCAGGCGCACUUCGCCUACGGGCAGCCCUGGCUCGCCGCGCUCGCCGACGAGGUCCUCGUCUACGCCGGCGACGACAAGGACAAUUCCACAGCGGAGCUCCUCCUCCCCGGCGGCAGCGGCGGCAAGUACCGCGCCGUGCCCUGGGACGUGCGCGGCGGCGGCGAGGACAACAGGCGCGGGACGGGCCGCGUCGAGAACAUGCGCAUGGACCACUCGGUCCUGGUCGAGACGUGCCGGCGCUCGGGCGCGCCCUUCUUCGCGCUCGUCGAGGACGACGUCGUGACCUCACGCGACUGGUUCCGGCGGCUCGGCGCGGGCCUGCCCGAGGUCGACCGUCGGGCCAGAUCCGGGCGGGACGACGACGGCGGCGGCCGGGACUGGGUCUACCUGCGCCUCUUCUACUCGGAGAUCUUCAUGGGGUGGAACAGCGAGGAGUGGCUGACGUACAUGGAGACCAUCUUCCUCGUCUACGCCGUCGUCCUGCUCGUCUUCCUCGAGGUGCGCAAGCGCCUCUUCAAGGGCCCGCCGCCCGGCUCCUCCUCCUCCGCUCGAGCCCCUCCCGCACCGGGCGGCGGCAGCCUCGCCGCCGCGCGCUCCCUGCACUCGGGCUUCCUCGCCGCCCUCGUCUUCGGCCUCUGGGUGCCCGCCCUCAUCGCGCUCUACUUCCUCGCCGGCCGCAUCUCGGUCAACCGCCUGAUGGCGACGGUGACGCCCUGGGGCGGCCGCGGCGGCAGUGGCGGCGUGCGCGAGAUGCCCCGGUACGGGUGCUGCGCGCAGGGCCUCGUCUUCCCGGAGCGCCACCUCGAGGGCUUCCAGCGGCUGCUGCGGGACCCGCCCUACGACUUUGCCGGCGACCAGAUCCUCGAGGGAUGGGCGGGCCGCAUGGGCCUGAGCAAGUGGGCGCUGGAGCCGAGCGUCAUGCAGCACGUCGGGCUCAAGGAGUCGUCCGAGGGCCCGCGGCGGGCCGAGGUGUGGAACUUUAGCUUUGAGAGGCAGCACAAGAGGUGA